UAAAAGCCCUUAAUGGCCACCUGAACAUCACAAGUCAUCAGACACAGAGCGAAGACGAGACAAGCUGCCUCUGCAAGAGUCAGAUUCAAUCAUGAAGGUGUUCGUGGUUCUCACACUUGCUGUUUUCUCUGUUUGCAAUGCCAACAUCCUUUGGCCGGAACCCCCCAAGACCAAUCUGGAUAUGGUGAAAGAUGCUUUUUGGGACUACGUUGCUAAAGUGACACUCACUGCUGAGGACUCUGUGAAUCAGAUCAGACAGUCUGAGCUGGGACAGGAAGUGAAUGCCCGGAUCGCUCAGAGCAGCGACACAGUGAAUCAGUACGUUGUUGCUCUGCGUACUCAGGCGGCUCCUCUCACCCAGGACUUCAUGACUCAGUUUUCCCAGCAGGCUGAGCAGCUGAAGGCUCGUCUGGAGAAGGAUCUGGCCGCCGUCAGCACUAACCUGCAGCCUUACGCCGAGGAGCUGGUGGCUGACCUCCAGAGGCAGGUGGAGGAGCUGCAGAAGGAGGCAGCCCCCUAUGCCAACGCCAUGAACCCUGAGGCCCUGAAGACCGUCCUGCUGCAGAAGAGCCAGGAGCUGAAGGGGCAGCUGGAUAAGAGGGUGAACGAGCUGCAGGCCCAGAUGGUUCCCUACACCGACGAGAUGAAGCAGAAGAUGGAGCAGAAUCUGGAGGAGUUUCAGAGGAGCCUGAUGCCCAUGGCCCAGAGCUUUGAGACCCAGCUGACACAGAAAACCCAGGAGAUCCAACAGAACCUGGCAGCAUUCGGAGAGGAGCUGAGGGCCAAGCUGGACGCCAGCGCUCAGGACCUGCAGGCUCAGCUGGCUGCACUGUGGGAGUCUUUCACCAAAAAGACCCAGUAAACAGACUGCUGAUCUGCCACAAAGCCUCCACACAACAAAUAUUUAUUUGACCCUUAAACCCAAUGUCUAUUUUAUUAAAUAAA